GCUCGCGCAAACGUGACCGAACUGUAAAUUGAUUGUUGUCAAUAAUUGUAUUUAAUAAGGCCGUAAGAACGAUAACAAGAAAUCAUAUUAAGCGAUAACGUUUUUGUAAUUGUCUGGAAAGACCACUUUUGUUGAACGACUGGAUUUAAACACUAGCAAGCUAGGAUAAGUAUGCGAUAAGUAUGAGUUUCAGUAACCGUGUGACGUCUUCAUGGACAGUACUGACACACGUGACAGUCAACAGAGAAGUCUUAUGAUGUUUAUUUUCCAAUAUCCGUGGAAGCUAUAUAAUUAAAUUAUGUUUUAAAAAUUAGCUUUCACCUUGCUAGCUCGUCAAUUGGAAUGGACGUUUUCUUCUCGCUUCUAGCGUUCUAAUGGAAAAGGAACAGUGCUCCACACAGUACCACAUAGCAGGGGACACAUCAAUACGAAACAGAAAGACCUUCCAGUCAUCCACUACUCAGUCUAAUGACAAAAAAAACAACAAGGAUGGACACUUGACAGAGGAGGACAGUCAGCAGACCAAUGGGAGUUUCUACAGAAGUAAAAGAAGAAGAUCCACCAGUGAUGAGUUCACCAGGAGAGGAUUACUUCUCCUGGUGGCUGGACUGUCCUUCGCCACACGCCUCUAUAAAAUUAAAGAGCCUGCUCAUGUGUGCUGGGAUGAGACACACUUUGGGAAGAUGGGAAGCUACUACAUCAACAGGACCUUCUUUUUUGACGUCCACCCUCCUCUGGGAAAGAUGCUGAUCGGACUAGCCGGAUACAUGAGUGGUUAUGACGGCAGUUUUCCAUUCUCAAAGCCAGGAGAUAAAUAUGAGCACCACAACUACUGGGGGAUGAGAGGGUUAUGUGCCGGCUUGGGCUCCUUCCUCCCUGUCUUUGCUUACCUCAUGGUACUGGAGCUGUCGCAUUCUCACACAGCCGCUCUCAUCGCUGCUUGGCUGCUCAUAUUUGACACAGGGUGCAUCACUAUAUCUCAGUACAUCCUGUUGGAUCCCAUACUGUUAUUCUUCAUCAUGGCAGCAGUGCUCAGCAUGGUCAAGUUCAACCAGCAAAAAGACAGGCCUUUUUCUGCUCCCUGGUGGUUUUGGAUGGUACUAACUGGUGUCAAUCUUGCUGGAGCUCUGGGUGUGAAGUUUGUGGGUCUUUUUGUCAUCCUGCUGGUGGGACUGAACACGGUUUCAGAUCUCUGGAGGCUUUUAGGAGAUCUGGACUUAUCACUGGUGGAUGUUGCAAAGCACCUCCUGGCUCGAGUUGUGGCGCUCAUCCUGCUUCCCAUCUUUCUCUAUGUUACAAUAUUUGCUGUCCACUUUGUGGUGCUGAACAAGAGUGGACCAGGAGAUGGUUUCUUCAGUUCUGCCUUCCAGUCUCGUCUCAUUGGGAACAACCUGCACAACGCAUCAAUGCCUGAGUACCUGGCGUAUGGCUCCACCAUUACGUUAAAAAACCUUCGCAUUGCUGGAGGCUACUUGCACUCUCACUGGCACUUGUAUCCAGAGGGAGUUGGAGCAAAGCAGCAGCAGGUUACAGCCUACUUGCACAAGGACUACAACAACUUGUGGUUUGUUCACAGACACGAGACAAACUCUCAGUCCGAGACCCCUGAUCUGGUUCGCCAUGGUGACAUCAUCAGAUUGGAGCAUAAAGAAACAACUCGGAACCUUCACAGUCACCUACACGAGGCCCCACUUACCAGGAAGCACUUCCAAGUUACGGGUUACGGCAUUAAUCACACCGGGGACAGCAAUGACCUCUGGCGAGUGGAGGUGUGCGGAGGGCGCAAAGGUGACCCAGUGAAGGUGCUACGCAGCAAAGUUCGCUUUCUACACAAAGCCAUCGGUUGUGUGCUUUUCUCCUCCGGGAAAACCCUCCCCAAGUGGGGCUGGGAACAAGUAGAGGUCACCUGUAGUCCUUACUUGAAGGAGACUUCCAGCUCUCAGUGGAACGUUGAAGAUCAUGUCAAUGCCAAAUUGCCCAACAUCAGUCUGUCAUUGCUGAAGCCUCAUUUUCUAGAGAUCCUAAUGGAGUCUCACAUUGUGAUGAUAAGAGGUAACAGCGGUUUGAAGCCCAAAGACAAUGAGAUGAACUCCAAACCCUGGCACUGGCCCAUCAACUACCAGGGACUGAGAUUUUCAGGAGUGAAUGAAACAGAGUACCGUGUGUACUUGCUUGGCAACCCUGUGGUCUGGUGGCUAAAUCUGGCGAGUUUGGGAUUAUAUCUGAUCCUGGUGGCAGUCGCUUCGGUUGCCUUCCAAAGAGGCAUCUCAGUGGCCCAAAGGAGAAGAGAUCAUUGUUUUGUGCUCAUGAGGGGAGGAGGCCUCCUUUUCCUUGGCUGGCUACUGCACUACGUACCUUUCUACACUAUGGGCCGGGUCCUCUACUACCAUCACUACUUCCCUGCAAUGCUCUUUAGCAGCAUGCUGACAGGAAUUACAUUGGAUUUCUUGUUGAACAUGGCCGACCUUCUGCUCCAUCCACCGUAUUGCAACUGGCUACAGAGAGUCGGGAAGAUCUUACUUCUGGUAAUUGUUCUUUACAGUUUCUACCUGUUCCACCCGCUCACUUAUGGCAUGAGGGGGCCGCUGGCACACGAGCCGGGCAGCUCAAUGGCCGGACUGAAGUGGAUGGAGUCGUGGGAGUUCUAGCAAGUUUUCAGUAGAGAUGACACUAAAGUUAUAAAAACUAACUGUUUUGAGCAUAAGGGACUUGAAGUGGUCAUUUAUUUCACAGUCCGACAGUGUUACUGUACUUCAAAUGUUUUGUCAUGUGACUGUACCCUGUCAGGGUGAGUUUGCGUUUACUUUUUUUAAGAUGGAGGAUUUGAGACUUGGUUGUAGAUAUAAGUAGCACCAACCUGACAAUGAUACUAGAUUUUUGUAGGAAUAAUUGUAAGUGCCUCAAAUACUAAAAAUAAGUGAAUUUCUUUGGUAGUGGGUCAGAGACCAUUUGUUUUUCUUAUUUUGAUCUGAAUUUUUAGUGAAAUAGCUUUAUUAUGCUUUUUAUGCAUAUAUUGCAAUCCAUGUUAAUAAACUAUUAUAUUCUCUUA